ACAAUGGCUGAAGAACAACCACAGGUCAAACUGUUUGUGAAGGCUGGCAGUGAUGGGGCCAAGAUUGGGAACUGCCCCUUCUCCCAGACACUAUUCAUGGUCUUCUGGCUCAAGGGAGUCACUUUCAAGGUCACCACUGUUGACACCAAGAGGCCAGACGAGACGGUGCAGAAGCUGUGCCCAGAAGGGCAGCUCCCAUUUCUGCUCUAUGGCACCAAAGUGCACACAGACACCACCAAGAUCGAGGAAUUUCUAGAGGCAGAGCUGUGCCCUCCCAGGAAUCCCAAGCUGGCAGCUCUGAACCUUGAAUCAAACACAGCUGGCCUGGACAUAUUUGCCAAAUUUUCUGCCUAUAUCAAGAAUUCAAACCCAGCACUCAAUGAUAAUCUGGAGAAGGGGCUCUUGAAAGCUCUGAAAGUUUUAGACAAUUACUUGACAUCCCCCCUCCCAGAAGAAGUGGAUGAGACCAGUGCUGAAGAUGAGGGCAUCUUUCAGAGGAAGUUUUUGAAUGGAAAGGAGCUCACUCUUGCUGACUGCAACCUGUUGCCAAAGCUGCACAUAAUACAGAUGGUAUGUAAGAAGUACCGUGGAUUCUCCAUCCCUGAGGUAUUCCAGGGGGUGCAUCGGUAUUUACGCAAUGCCUAUGCGAGGGAAGAGUUUGCUUCCACCUGUCCGGACGAUGAAGAAAUCGAGCUGGCCUACGAGCAAGUGGCCAAGGCUCUCAAAUAA